CCCAACUGUAAAACACGAGGGGUCGUUCCUGCGGAAAGAGAAAGAGCCAUUGACAAAGCAGCUAGAGGUGCAUCCGGCUCCCGGGACGACGGAAUCAUGAUCUCGCAGUUCUUCGUCUUGUCAAAGCGUGGCGAUAACAUCGUCUUCCGGGACUACCGUGGUGAAGUGCAAAAGGGAAGUGCAGAGAUAUUUUUCCGCAAAGUUAAAUUUUGGAAAGAUGAUGGGCAAGAGGAAGCACCUCCUGUCUUUAAUGUGGAUGGAGUAAACUACUUUCAUGUGAAGGUCGCUGGACUAUUGUUUGUUGCAACCACAAGGAUUAAUAUAUCACCUUCUUUUGUCUUGGAGCUUUUACAAAGGAUUGCUCGUGUAAUCAAGGAUUACCUUGGGGUUCUAAGUGAAGACUCGUUACGGAAGAACUUUGUGCUUGUGUACGAGUUGCUUGAUGAAGUCAUUGACUUUGGUUAUGUGCAAACAACAUCUACUGAAGUGUUGAAAUCCUAUGUUUUCAAUGAACCAAUUGUAGUAGAUGCUGCACGUCUAUCACCUCUUGGACCUGCUACAAUUUUUGCACAAGGGGCAAAAAGAAUGCCAGGUACAGCUGUCACAAAAUCUGUUGUGGCAACAGACCCUGGGGGUAAAAGGAGGGAGGAAAUUUUUGUAGAUAUAAUUGAGAAAAUCAGCAUCACUUUUAGCUCCAGUGGAUAUAUACUGACCUCUGAGAUUGAUGGCACCAUACAAAUGAAGAGCUAUCUUUCUGGAAAUCCUGAAAUUCGGUUGGCUCUUAAUGAUGACCUCACAAUUGGAGGAGGCCAGGGACCAACCUAUGGUUAUAAUAGUUCGACUGGUUCUGGGGCAGUGGUAUUAGAUGACUGUAAUUUCCAUGAAUCUGUUCGUCUUGAUAGUUUUGAUAUGGACAAAACUCUGACUCUGAUACCGCCAGAUGGUGAAUUUCCUGUCAUGAACUACCGUAUGACCCAGGAGUUUAGGUCUCCUUUUCGUAUCAAUGCAUUGAUUGAGGAAGCAGGGACCCAUAAGGCUGAGGUUAUUUUAAAGAUAUAUGCUGAGUUUGCCUCAGGUGUGACGGCAAAUACUAUAAAAGUGCAGAUGCCACUGCCAACGCACACCACCAGAGUUAGUUUUGAGCUGGAAUCUGGAGCUGUUGGUCAAACAACUGAUUUUAAAGAAGCAAAUAAGAGACUAGAAUGGGGUUUAAAGAAGAUUACUGGUGGAUCUGAGCAUACUUUACGUGCAAAGCUAACAUUCUCUCAGGAGUCACGUGGGAAUAUAACUAAAGAAUCUGGACCUGUUAGUAUGACAUUUACCAUACCAAUGUAUAAUGCAUCACGUCUUCAGGUAAAAUACUUGCAAAUAGCAAAGAAGUAUGGAACCCAGGAACCAUAUCGAUGGGUGAGAUAUGUUACACAGGCAAAUUCCUAUGUAGCUCGCGUAUGAUGAUGCAAUUAAACGACCCGGUCGGUUUCUAAUAUUUCCUUUUGUUUGUUAUUUCAUUUCCUUUAUUUUUAUUCUUUAUUUGUAAAUUACAUUCUAGUUCUAGGUCAAACAUUGACAGAAGUUUUAUGCUUAAUUAUUGAACGUACCAGCUAAAGUGAUUCUUUAUGAACUUCGUAACUUCGUCCUCUUUUGUUCCUUACCAAUCAGUCACUGAUCACUCGCUCAUGCAGUUUAUGAUAACAAUGCACACUGAGAUCUCCUAUAUUCAAGACUUUUUUUCCAGUCAUAGCACAAGAUGUAUGUCCUAGUUAUAUAUUGAAGAAAAGGGAACCUGGCUGGAUAUGAGACAACGGGAAAAUUAGCAGGACUUCUAGAGAUAAGCAUACGAUGCUGAUCCUAAUCAAAAUAGUAAAAGAUGGUGCUAGUGUCAAUAUAACAAGGUUGACCUAGAAUUUUGCCAGCCUUUGGUUAAGACCAUCUUGCUACUUUCAAUGUAGAUUAUUGUUGAUGUUAUCCUAGACUGCUGAUUUGUAUUCUCUACACUAUUAAUACAUCUUUAUAAUUUUGGUCGUC